CUGCUACAACUACUUCACUACACGCCCACCCCCCUCUCUCCCUUCCCGCUCUCUAGCUCUCCUGUGUUGUUUUUUGUUCCAUCCCGACCCAGCUUGUCUCUAGUUUCGAGAGAACUCGGGGGUUCAAGGUGAGCUCUGUCUCACUCUGACUUGGUUACUGUCCUCUACCAUCUGGCCUCUUGUUUGCUCUUAUACCGCUUCAGCCCCGUCCUUCUAACUGGUUAUCUGUUGUGCUUGGGAUCAGUUUACCACCACCACACAAAAUUUCAACUCUCGGCAAAGCCUCAUAGUAUAUAUAUAUAUAUAUAUAUAUAUCAUUACCUCCCUUUCACAGGGCAGCGACCUUACGUCUAAUAUUUCGAUUGCAAUUUUUCAUAAUCAACAGCUUGAGAAUCGACAACAGAUCCGAACUACUUUCCUUCACAGUUUCGAUUAUUUUCACAUGUUUAAUAAAUAGCCCACUCUGGCCUAUCCGGUGACUACCCAAGACAGAUAUAAAAUGCACUAUCACACUCAUCCGGAUUUUCAUCCGGUCUAUAGUUUCCCUCAGGGAAACACCAUGCAAUACAACGAUAACCCGUACCAUAAUACUGGCUACCCUGGGUUUCAGUACAUGUAUGGCUACCAACCGCCUCGGAACCAUCUUAUCGCCGAUCGAGGUGUAUUGGCUGAUCCUAAAGCGGAAUCCAAGCCCCGGUUAUCUAAAGAAGAGGUCGAGAAACUCGAGAAGGUAUUCAGAGAAAACUCGAAACCUUCAAGCUCGGUUAAGGCGCAACUGGCCGACUCACUUGGCUUGGAGAGACCAAGAAUUAAUAAUUGGUUUCAAAACAGGCGUGCUAAGGCAAAGCAAGAAAAGAAGCAGCAAGAGUAUGAGGAGCAAAGAGCGAAAGAGAAGGCUAGCUCCGAGCCAGACUCACCCGAUGCAAGCUCGCAAGGCAGCUCGUCAGACCAGGCAGGCGAGAGUGCCCGACAGCGCGUACAACCUUCUUCCGCGCUUUUCCCUGACAUCAGCUCGAUUCCUCUGAAGGUUGAAGACGACUCCGACGACGAAGACACUGAAGAUGGCUCACCCGACACAAUCGAUUCGCCUUCUGGACAGGACCCAUCUGGCAGCCUUCAAGGCAACACGCCUAGCAACUUCCAGUCUCCAUUGCCAUUCGAUUUUUCGCAUUCUGGUGUGGCAGAAUUCACUCAUACUCAUCCCCAUCAAAAUUACCAUCAUUCCUCACCCAUGACGGACUUUACUCCUUGCAGUGUCGAAUAUUCUGAUCGAAGCGAACAGCUGACAAGCUUGGCUAAUAGCCUGCCGUCGCCUAAUGAGCAGUGUGCUGGUGCUGAACGCUCUGGUCAACAGUACCCUGCAAUAUUAGAAGCAGACUUGACCCCAACUGUAACACCGUUUACCCAAUCGCAACCAACUUUCACCACUCCCGGACUAGCCAGCAAUGCCAUGGAAUCGUUGCAGGACUAUGGUGAAAGCACGCCUAUGAGUGAGAGACGAACUUCACCGUUAAUGCCUCAAGGAAUACCAACUCCUACCGACUCUUUCAAGUCACCCCCGCCUCCCGCUAAUAUUGCUUCCCGCCGAAACAUCCCGCGGCCAGCAACUCUUCAAACGUCUUCGCUUAGAAGCCGCUCGUACAAUCUUGGCUAUGCGCCUAAAAUGCCACUAGACCCUUCGAGCCCCGGCUCAGCAAUACGGCGGAUCGCUUCGGGCACUGGCAAUCAUGGGAGAAUCCAGAAGCCCAGUUCGGGAUCACGUUCACCCAUGUUCGUGAACCGUAAUGCAGAAGCCUUAAUGAUGCAAUUUCAGAAUCGUUCUCCAGUAAUAUCGGUCUCUUCGAUGUUUCCCGGGGCCGCUCCUCCAACUCCGAUGACCCCUGCAGUUGUUGACAAACAGGAAAUUCGGGAAGCCCGACGCCCCGAGUACCAGUACGCACUGGGUAAUAACCUUCCUGUCAACGAGUCUAACCUCAAGACUCCGCCAGAUACUCCAAGCGUAUUGGCUCAAUUCGGCAACCCGAACUACCACGAGAAUCUAUUCAACCACAGAAUGAACUUUCCCUCCGAUCAACCAAUUUUUACACCUUUCGAGACCGAGUUUCCCGACCUCAGCAUGCAAAAUGUUCCUUGCUACGCCGAGCUGAGCGACGGUCUCCCCGCGACCCCCAUGUAUCCGAAUAUGAUGGGUUCCAUUCAAGAACAAAAUACAUACGCUCAGCACGCGGCGGGGAACACCCAAUUCGACUGGGAUGCUAAUGAAUCUGUCAACUCGAAGACUUCUCCCAACCAAUCCAGGUCAAGGUUAAUCCAAUUUACUCAGAACAUGACUCCCCAAGAUUAUACUAGCCAUCAGGAGAAGUGAAUUAUUUCUUCAUCAUAGCGAACCAACCAUACUGGAAUUCACCAACAUUAUCUAACACCUUUAUACCCGAUGAAGUUCCAAGCGUCUUGAAGCUUCACUCACCAAGCUAAACUUCAGUGACCGACCUCGUACGACUGAGGUCCUGUGUACCACCAAUGUUCUACGUCACUCGUCUAAUUGUCAAAUUAUCAGCAUUUGCAUUUAUCCC